AUGCCCACUGAACUCGAGGAGCUGGUGGAAUUUCUCCACCACGGCAACACCCAGAUUCGACAGAUCGCCUGUGAGAACCUCGUGGGAUUCUCCACAGCCCAACCUAGCCUGUUCAAGCGUCAGCAAUUACUCCCUGUGCGCGACCUGAAGCUGUUGGCUCGCGACUAUACUCCCAUUGCGAAGAAUGCCUUGACCAUUCUGAUUAAUCUCUCCAGCGAUGAAGAGGUUUUAAAAAAUCUGGCCGAGGAUGACGACUUCAUCGAAACAUUGCUCUUCAAAUUAACGAGUAUAAAAGAGCCCAAUGCCGACGAGUUCGCGACUCUCCUGGCAAACCUCGCCAAGUCUGAUGCGCUACAGAAGUUGCUUUCAGUAAAGCGCCGGGUGCCCGAGGGCGUAGGGGGGCUCAACAAGAACGCCAACUUUGACUACCUGUCCUAUUUCUUCGCCGAUCUUUCACAAACCGAAAAAGGCCGCAGCUACUUCACCACACGCCAGGAAUACGACAGCGUGGUGCCCAUUACCAAAUUGACCGUCUUCACCGAACAUAAGAGCGAUAUCCGCCGGAAGGGCGUGGCCUCCACCAUCAAGAAUGUGGCCUUCGACGUUCCCUCACAUCCAAUGCUUUUUGACGAAGAUGCCGCCAAUCUCCUCCCUUACCUCCUGCUCCCCAUCACUGGCCCCGAGGAAUACCCCGACGAUGAGAUGAUGUCAAUGCACCCGGAUCUUCAGCUGCUGGGGCCGGAUAAGAGGCGCGACAGUGACAACACGAUCAUCACGACCCACCUGGAGACUCUUCUUUUGUUGACCACGACCCGGGAAGGUCGAAACCUCAUGCGCGAGGUGAAAGUGUACCCUGUUAUCCGAGAAUGCCACUUGCACGUGAACGAUGAAGGAGUUAAGGAAGCUUGUGACCGACUGGUUCAAGUGCUGAUGCGCGAUGAGGAGGGCGAGGGACAGCAGACUGAGGCUAGUCUGGCGAAGGCGCAGGCGCAGCUAGAAGCACCGCCAGCGGCGGACGAGGACCAACAAUCGACUCGAAAGCGCACCUUGGUCUCCUGGCACCUACUUAGAUUCCUCGUCAUCAUCACGGACAUUCCGCUGCAGACGCGGAGGCGGUCUCCGCCAGGCGAAAGGCCUCACGAAGUCGGCAACCGCGACGACGGCAACUGCGACGGCGGCGACCUCGACAAUCUCCCCAACGAUGGAUGCGGCGAUUCGCACUCCGACGUGAACUCGCCCCAUCGGUCCCUCGCCCAGCGCCUCGGGACCUUCAUGUCGCGCGCCCCGCUCAUCCGUUCCUCGCGCGCGUUGGGCUCCUCGUCCUACGGAGCGGUGCGCAUUCCGCAGGACCCUGACUCCGAAGGCGAGGCCAGUUCGGCCGUGAUUCGAGCGAACGGACACAAGGGAGCUCGCGGAUCAGGAUCAGGAUUCCAGUCACAAACGGAGCGAACCAGCUCCGAGAGCUGCACCGAGGGCCCUUCCGACAAUGGACAACGGCAGCCAGAGACUAGACGGUCACACUCGUCGGGCCGACGAAGAAGCAGUGGCUGGCAUAGGAGAGAGGGCCGGAAUCGCAAUCGUCGACCUUCGUCUGCCACUUCAGAUGUUGGUAUGGGCGCCGAUUCCAAAUAUUCCUUUGCAACAGGCCUCGCGGUGCCUGGUAAUCCAGUAAUGCAAGAAACGCCGGCAUCGUCGCCGUAUAUCACCAGUGACGAGGAAGAUAGCCUCGAUCUUGAUGGAGAAGAUACGAAAUCAUCAGAGGAGGACCCUCCGGAUAAUUCGCCUUAUGCACAAGUGCGAGCCAUAGUACCGGCAACAGAUAAUAUUUCGCUUUCAAUCAAUACCCCCCGCAUGUGGAUUCUUUCUUUGCUUUUUUCCUUGUCAGGGUCGGCCGCCAAUCUCUUCUUUUCUCUUCGCUACCCCAGCGUUGCCAUAACGCCGAUCAUCGCGCUUGUUCUCGUCCAUCCGCUGGGCAAGUUCUGGGAUGCCCUGCUGAAAAGAACCGGCGACCCCUUGGAGGUCUUUGAAAAUGGUACUCUGCACCAUCGUGAAUUACUCUCAGGCGAGAUCGAUGCGCCGGAGAUCAAUUGGCUAUCCAGAAUGCGACUCUGGCUCGGCCAGGGUCGUUGGAACGAGAAAGAACACGCAUGUGUCUAUAUCAGCAGCAAUGUCUCCUUUGGGUUUGCCUUUGCAACGGAUGUGAUUGUGGAGCAGCAUAAGUUUUACCAGCAAGAGGUCCCGAUCAUGUAUCAGCUCCUACUCAUCAUCUCCACUCAAGUGCUUGGAUACGCAUUUGCCGGCCUAACCAGACGUUUCCUUGUGCGACCAUCGGCCAUGAUCUGGCCAGGCACUCUGAUGUCGACGGCCAUGUUCUCGACCAUGCAUAAGACUGCCAACAAGAAGGCAAAUGGCUGGAGUAUUUCUCGGUACAAGUUCUUCAUUGUCGUCUGGGGCGCUGCUUUCCUCUGGUAUUUUAUCCCAGGUUUGCUCAUGCCAGCAUUGAGUUAUUUCAACGUGAUCACCUGGUUUGCUCCAAAAAAUGUUGUGGUCUCCAACCUGUUUGGAGUUGCUUCGGGUCUUGGAAUGUUUCCAUUGACUUUUGACUGGGCACAGAUUGCGUACAUUGGAUCUCCACUACUGACGCCUUGGUGGGCAGCAGCCAACAUUGUGACCGGUUUGGUGAUUGUCAUCUGGGCCAUUGCUCCAAUCAUGUACUAUAAAAAUGUGCUCUUCACCUCCUACAUGCCUAUUCUGUCUGCAGCAGUCUUCGACAACACCGGACAUCCCUAUAACGUGAGCCGGAUUCUGACCUCCGAUUUUCUGUUCGACAAAAAAGCCUACGAUGAAUAUUCUCCCGUGUAUCUGCCCAUCACUUAUGUACUGUCCUAUGGUGUACAAUUUGCGGCCCUGACAUCGUUGGUAACCCACACCGUCUGUUGGUAUGGUAAAGACAUCUGGCAACAGACCCGAAAAGCCUUUGAAGAGCGUCGGGAGCUACCGGGCAUGGAGACCUACCAGCCCUUGCAAACAGAUCAACGACGUUCUUCCACUCACCACAGCCAAGAGGCGUCCGGGGAUAGCUCGCGCGAUACCAAUCGGGAGAUGCCUUUGGGCAUGGAAGAUGUCCAUUGCCGCCUAAUGAGACGCUACGAAGAUGCCCCGCUCACUUGGUACCUUAUCGUGUUGAUCACGAUGUUGGCUAUUGCGAUAUACACCGUGGAACAUUAUCCGGUGCAUCUGCCAUGGUAUGGGUUGCUUCUUGCCCUUGGUGUUACUAGCGUCUUUUUCAUCCCUGUUGGCAUCAUAAUGGCUGUCACGAAUCAACACAGCAGCCUUUACCUAAUAUGCCAGCUUCUCUGUGGUAUUGUCUUCCCCGGAAGACCGGUCGCGAACAUGAUUUUCGUGACUUACUCCUACAUCAGUUCCGCCCAAGGGAUCAAAUUUUCGUCAGAUCUGAAGCUCGGCCAUUACAUGAAGAUCCCGCCUCGUCUACUUUUUGGUGUUCAGAUGAUGGCAACACUAGUAUCCAGCUUGACCCAAAUUGGCGUUUUGAACUGGAUGUUUACUCAUAUCCCAAUGCUUUGUACUCCCCUGGCAAUGAACGGCUUCAACUGUCCUAUUGCGCGGGUGCACUUCAAUGGGAGCAUUCUCUGGGGAGUUGUUGGCCCGCAGCGCUUCUUUGGUCCCGGCGGCCUCUACCGUCCCCUUGUAUGGACAUUCUUGAUCGGUGCAGUGGCACCACUGGGGGCCUGGGCCCUUGGAAGACGGAGCAAGAAAAAUUUCUGGCGCAAAGUCAAUUUCCCAAUCCUAUUUGGAAGCCUGAGUUGGAUCCCCCCCGCAACUGGUUUGAACUUCUCCAUCUGGGCGCUCGUUUGUUUCGUAUUUAACUACGUGAUCCGGCGCCGCAAGACAGCCUGGUGGGAGAAGUAUGCAAUGACUCUAUCUGCGGCUUUGGACUCAGGUCUGGCAUUUGCCGUCAUUGUUGUAUUCUUCGCAUUCAUUUACCCUGGUUUUGUUGAUGGGUUCAAAUGGUGGGGGACGGAAAUUUACAAGCAGCUGCGAAGGCGCCAAGCCCGCAUGACUAAGCUCGUCGCUGACCUCACUUCCACUGGCGCGUCUCCUCACUCCUCUCCCCUCCCUCCUCGUUCUCUUCAACAGUGCCAUCUCUUCGGCUCGAUCCCCUUGUCUCUGGAUCCAAGGAUAUUAAGAUCCUGGUUUCGAGCAGACAUGUCGACUCCGGUCAACCCGUCGAAUGGCCGGAAGCCAACCAGCCCGAACGGACCUCCUCCGAUGCGCAUCCGCCGUCCCAGGCCAGCAGACCCCUUAGUUCGCCCAAAGAGAAAGCCUAAGCCCGCUGGAACUGCCCCGGGAGGAGCUGCUCCAGGGGGAUCCACUGCUUCGAAAACCCUACCAACGCACCCAGCGGCCUCAAAUGUUCCACCGCAGUCCCAACCAGACAGAAACCGGCUUCCCGUGAAGGACGACCACGCAGUAAACGGGUUCAGUGGUUCUCUACUCUCUGAAACAUACGUUGAUUAUCCGGUGGUGACUACAAAACGAGCCCUGAGAGAGGGAAUCAAGCAUCACAUUGCGCGCUUCGCAGCGAAGCGCAGUGUCGAUCCUCGCGACGAGUCGCAGUUCACGCGCCCGGUUCGCCUGCAUCGCCGUGAUCCCCGCACUCGAACGAACGAAACAAAUCCGGAGAGACUGGUCGGACCAGAUGGUCAACAACUCACAGAGGCGGAUCGGGAAGCCCUGGAUGCAAGACGAGCAGCGCGCGAAAAAGAGCGCGCAGAGAAUCUAGCUCAAAUCGCGCCUUCUGUGGGAUCAUCAGCGAAGCGGCCGAAUGCACCCAAGCAAAAGACCCAACAAGUGUACAAGUCUGAUUAUACACCCGAGGAAAUCGCAAAGGCUCGAGUCCGGUAUGAGGAGGCAUUGCCGUGGCAUCUCGAGGACUUCGAUAAUCGGAACAUCUGGGUGGGUAAUUACGAGGCAGCUCUGUCCGAAACCCAUGCUGUUUUUUUCUUUGACAAUGGAAAGGUGCGGAUGAUUCCUGCUGAGAAAUGGUAUAAAUUUACUGCCAAGAGCCACUUCAAGGCUUUGACCAUCGAAGAGGCGGAGAAGCACAUGUCGAAGCGGAUCAAAGAUCCGCGAUGGUUCAUGGAGAAACAGGCAGAGAUGAAGGAGCAAAAAGAGCUGGAACAAUAUGCCAAAUCUCGCAAGGUCUUUGCUGGCAAACAAGGUGUCUCGGGUGGAAGAGAAGGCUUGGGGGCGGGCGAGAUGGAUUUUGAAGAAGAUCGAUUUGCCGACGAUGAAGAGCACUAUGAUGAUCUUUUCACCGAGCAGGACGAGGACGCCAAGGAAGCCGAGAAGCGAAUUAAAGAAGAUCAGCUCAAGGCGAAUGUCUUCGAUCUCAAAGACGAGAAGGACUACGAGGACGAGGAGAAACGUGAGAAGUGGGAGAAGGAAGCUCGCCACGUCCAGGGUAAGAAGAUGCGCAAGGCGCUGAAGAAGCGAGAGAAGAACUACGACUACAGCAGUGGUUCGGAUGCCAACCCGUACACCGAUGAGGAGAGCUCCGAUGACAGCGAGGCCGAGCGCGCUAAGGAAGAAGAAAAGAAGAAUGCCGAAGAGGAAAAGAACCAAAAGGACUCGGUCUCAUCAAAGGGCACCAAUACUCCUUCGGGCCGUCCUAAGCACACAGAUGCUCUGAAGAAAUCGGCCGCGUCUCGCAAGCGCCUAGGCUCACCCACUGGCUCGGAUGCCAGUGGAACAGAUACGUCGCGGAAGAAGGCCAAGAACAAACACCAGUCUUCGCACCCGACUCCUCAGCCGACGUCACGACCGAUUUCCCCAUCGCAGGCUGGCAAAAAGCGAGUCCGAAACAUCCCACUCGGCGGCUCGGGCUCUGGGAGCGAUGUCGAAGUUGCAGGAUCCGGCGGCGAAAUGAGCGAGAGCGGCAAGACGAAGAAAUUGAAACUGAACCCCCCUGGUACCUCUCGAGGCGGCACACCACAAGGCUCUCGAGCUGGUAGCCCCGAGGGCGGCAUGAAAGGCCGUAUGUCCACUCCUAUUCCAGCAGGAAAUCAACCAUUCCCAACGCCUGCUGAGAUCCAUGCGGCUAUUCCUGCUACUGGUAUUCUAAGCACCGACCUGCUGCGAAUCUUCCGUCCGCGUAUUGGGGAUUCGAAGGAGAAUCAUCGCCGGUUUAUCGCUAUUGUCAAGGAUGUCAGUGUUUAUGGAAAGGAGGAUCGGAUGCUGAGGCCUGGUCCGUGGAAAGAUGCGUAG